AAUAAACUCACUAAAGAAAGAGAGCGGGCUGUUGUUUUUUUUUUGUAUCCUCGUUGUUUUUCUCUCUUGAGUGUUUUAUUGAGAGUAAACAGAGUCUUGUAUCUGUGUAUUUUAGUGUUGAUGAUGAGAUGGAUGUGAUGUGCUGUAAAUCAGUAGGAACUGAUCUGUCCAUGCUGGAUAUUGAUGAUUUUAUCACAGAAAUCUCUCAGCUGAAGAAAGAGGUGGCGUUACUGGAGAUAAAGCUGAGGUUAAGAGGAGAUGAAGGACUGAAUAGAGAGGAUGGGGUUUGUUGUGAAUCUUCAGGGUAUGUGACUGUUUGGAGCUUCAGUGAAUUUCUGGAUUCAGUGUGGAUGAGCAGAGAUCAGAGCCGCACACCACAGUCACUGCUGGAUAAACUCUCUGAAGAGACAUCUAGACACACACAGGACUCAGAUCUCAGUCUGUCUUUACUCUCUUAUACUGAGUCAAAGCCCACAGACGCUCAGGACACUACAGUGUGUGACAGUAAACAGAGCUUACAGGAGGAUCAAACCUCCACAGAGUCUCUGGAUUCUGUCUGUAACGCUGGAGAACAGCAGCAGAUCCUGCAGACCAAACUCAAGAUGUGUUCAGUUAAUCCGAUGGACAGUGGGAACCUGAUGAGAAGAGAAACUACAGCAGAGGAAGAUCACACUGAGGAAGAUGAUGACAAUCAUGAUGAUUUUAUUCCUUCAGAUAAGAUCAGUGAUUCGUGUUUGGAUGGAGAAAUAACGUCUUUAUCAUCAAAAGAGCGACAGAUGGCACAAACUCUUUCCUGCAUCACCGAUGGAGAGACAUUGAGCUCACAGAGACAUUUAGAUAGAAAUGCAGAACAAAAACUCUCGACCUCCACCAGAUCUGAGAUCAGCUUCACUACCCUACAAAAGUAUAAACGUCAUCAUUCAAAAGUGCACAGAGAGAAGAAGAAGAAGAAGAAGAAGAAGCACUUUCACUGUCAGCAGUGUGGGAAGGAUUUUGGCUUCUUAUCUCGGCUAAAAGUUCACGUGAGGACACACAGUGGUGAAAAGCCUUUCUACUGCACUGAAUGUGGCAAAUAUUUCAGCACCAAACAACAUCUUGAUCUUCAUCAGAGUAUUCACACUGGAGAGAAACCAUACGAGUGUCCUCAAUGUGAGAAGAGAUUCAGCCAAAAACAUUGUCUGAAUAGACAUAUGCGUAUACACACCAAUGAGAGACCGUAUCAGUGCAGUCAAUGUGGAAAAACCUUUAGGGAUUCAGGUGCAUUAAAAUCACACCAGAAUAUUCACUCUGAGGAGAAACGCUAUCAGUGUUCACACUGUGAUAAAGGUUUCUGUCAGAAAUUUAAUCUGAUAGUCCAUGAGAGAAUUCACACUGGAGAAAAACCUUACGUCUGCUCUCACUGUGGAAAGAGCUUCUCUGAUUCAAGUACUUUUAAAGUUCAUCAGAGAGUUCAUACAGGAGAAAAACCAUACAAGUGUCCUCACUGUGAAAAGAGAUACAGACGAAACCAGAAUCUGAAGACACAUAUGCUUAUACACACCAAUGAAAGACCGUAUCAGUGCAGUGAAUGUGACAAAACCUUUAAGGAUUCACGUUCACUAAAAAAACAUCAGAAUAUUCACUCUGAGGAGAAACGCUAUCAGUGUUCACACUGUGAUAAAGGUUUCGGUCUGAAAUAUCUUCUGAUUAUCCAUGAGAGAGUUCACACUGGAGAAAAACCUUAUGUCUGCUCUCAAUGUGGAAAGAGCUUCUCUGAUUCAAGUACUUUUAAAGUUCAUCAGAGAAUUCACACUGGAGAGAAACCAUACGAGUGUCCUCACUGUGAGAAGAGAUUCAGCCGAAAACAUCAUCUGAAGUCACAUAUGCUUAUACACACCAAUGAAAGACCGUAUCAGUGCAGUCAAUGUGACAAAACGUUUAAGGAUUCACGUUUACUAAAAAGACAUCAGAAUAUUCACUCUGAGGAGAAACGCUAUCAGUGUUCACACUGUGAUAAAGGUUUCUGUCAUAAAUCUAGUCUGAUAAUCCAUGAGAGAGAUCACACUGGACAAAAACCUUACUUCUGCUCUCACUGUGAAAAGAGCUUCUCUCAUCCGAAUAGUUUUAAAGCUCAUCAGAGAAUUCAUACAGGAGAGAAACCUUACAUCUGCUCUCAAUGUGGAAAGAGCUUCACUAAUCUAAGUCAUUUUAAAGUUCAUCAGAGAAUUCAUACAGGAGAGAAACCUUACGUCUGUUCUCAAUGUGGAAAGAGCUUCUCUCAUCCGAAUAGUUUUAAAGCUCAUCAGAGAAUUCAUACAGGAGAGAAACCUUACGUCUGCUCUCAAUGUGGAAAGAGCUUCUCUCAUCCGAAUAGUUUUAAAGUUCAUCAGAGAAUUCAUACAGGAGAGAAACCUCAUCACUGUACUGUUUGUGGAAAGAGUUUUAGUUAUCGUCAAAGUUUAGUGAAACACCUGAGAACUCAUACAGGUGAAAAACCGUUACAAAUGUUCUCAGUGUGAGAAGACGUUUACUAACCCAGAUUCCUUAAAAGCCCAUUUGAGAGUUCAUACGUGAGAGAAUCAUACACCCAGAGCAAUGGGCAACGCAAGUGCUCUUCACUAGUUUCAACCCAUCGCAAUGAUCAAUUUCACAUUUAGUGCCGCGUUGUUUAAAAAGCAAAAGCAUUUGCGCACAAUUUUGCACCCAUGGGCGUUCUGGUCUGAAAAUGAGCCAUGUGAACUUCAGGCACAUUCUUGGUGCGUUGUUAUUUUGAGGCAACUAAAAUAGACUACGCCAUUGACCAACUAAAACCUGGUUUAAAGUCAAUGGCGCAAUAUUGUUUUUGUUAUUUAAUGAGCGUGUUAGUAAUACGGCACAGUGCGCGUUUGCUUAUCACACCCAUGGAUGCGCAGCAGAACACAACCCUUUUAUAAUAUGAAAAGUUAAAGGAUUAAAAUGUAAAAGAUUAUUAAUGAGUCUCUUGGACUUAAAUGAGGACCGAUUAUGAGACGUUAGAAGAUGUAAAGAGCUGCUUCACCUGUAGCUUGGUAAGAAAUUGUUUUGCUUUAAACACAUACUUCUGUUUUAAAAUGUUUUUUAAAUGCUACCUCACGAAUUUGUACCUGUGGAUAUGGUGAGAUAAGAAACAUUUUUAAGUAAUGCUUUAAAAAAAAAACAUGGCGCUGUCCGAGUGCUGAAACGGUUUUCUGCAUGUUUGUAAAUUCUUUAUCUUCUGUUUGUUACAAAUAAAGUAUUUUUAAAGUACAAACCUUUUCUUGCAUAUCUGCAGAUUUUUUUACACUGAUUUUGUAAGAUAUCUGUCACAGGGUGACUUAGGGCGGAACCAAAAAUAGAGAGGAGAGGUUCCGCCCGGAGCAAUUUUUUUCUAAACCCCCGUUUACUUCCUGGGUUUCCAUGGCAGCGAAAUGAGGUCAGAUUCAUCACAGGUGUGCAAAGGAGGCAGCAAUUAUUGACUGGGCGAUAUGAUUAAUGCAGAUUUAAAAGAAGGGCUGAAGAAGCAGAAGCGGUCGAUUUCGGGCGAGUGAACUUCCGCCUUGGGCAACUCAGCAAACACCCGCCUCCGAAGAGUUCGCAGGCCCCGCUGAUCCGGCGACCGCUAGAAAACGGGCGGAAAGAGUGCGGGGCUGGUCCGGGCGAAAGGACGGCGUGGUCGUGUGAAGGAAGUUCAGUUGUUGGGCUCGUUUGCUGCUGUUUUGGUGCGCUUGUUGUUGGGCUGUUUUUCCUCUCAGGCUGAAGCUGGCGUGGCUGUGUGGGACGAAGAAAACCAUAGUGGCUGGAAGACGAUUGGAGAUUACUGGAAACUGAAACGAAACAAAAGGAGAAGCCGAGUUUAGCGUGAGUGUUUGCCAUACUGAGGAUAUUGUGGCAUAAGUGAAAUCGCUGUGCAACCCUGUUGGGGGAAGAAACGUCUCGUUCCGUGUGGCCGGAAAUAAUCGCCUGUGUGGAUCAAAGAGGAGAACAUUAGAGAAGAUCUUACAGUGAUUGUGAGUAUGGAACAUUGAGUUUGGGACACACUGUAUACUAACCUGUUUUGUAGCAAACGACUCCGGGAAAAGGAGGACGGCCCUACCCCUGAACAGUGUGGUGGGUGAGCCGGAGGAGGACAAACUGGGGCUAUCACAGCGACGUGAAUGCUGACUGGGCCGUGCUAAACACCAUCUAACGGACUCCGGCAAGUGGAGGAAGACGGGGCGUCCUAGAUGUUCACUUUGAGUGCGGUGGGUGAGUCUGUGUUGUUGUGGAAACUUCACUUUGACGUGGUGCUGUGUACUGCUGUGUGUGUAUUGUCAGAAAACCCCCGCCUUCGCUAACCUCGCCAUGGAAGAACGAAAAGGCUGCAGGUCUCAGUUGUUAUUACCUGGCCUAUGCUGUGAGCGAGCUCUGGAUGUGCAGUAUUACUCAGAGCUUACAGGAGGAUCAAACCUCCACAGAGUCUCUGGAUUCUGUCUGUAACGCUGGAGAAGAGCAGCAGAUCCUGCAGACCAAACUCAAGAUGUCUUCAGUUAAACCGAUGGACAGUGGGAACCUAAUGAUGAAGAUGAGAAGAGAAACUACAGCAGAUGAAGAUCACACUGAGGAAGAUGAUGACAAUCAUGAUGAUUUUAUUCCUUCAGAUAAGAUCAGUGAUUCGUGUUUGGAUGGAGAAAUAACGUCUUUAUCAUCAAAAGAGGGACAGACGGCACAAACUCUUUCCUGCAUCACCGAUGGAGAGACAUUGAGCUCACAGAGACAUUUAGAUAGAAAUGCAGAACAAAAACUCUUGACCUCCACCAGAUCUGAGAUCAGCUUCACUACCUUACAAAAGUAUAAACGUCAUCAUUCAAAAGUGCACAGAGAGAAGAAGAA